AUGGCCCUUAUGCUUUGUGGAUCUGUUGCUACACCAGGAAGGAACCCCAUGCAAGGAGAUACAAAUGAAAAGGUAUUGCUUAAAAUCUCCUCGAAGUCUUCUGCUAGCAUUGCGUCUGAUCAAUCCAAAUGGACUCAAAAUGAAAUAAUGAAGCUUGGAAGCAUAAUAACUUUAUGGCAACCCAUUUGUAGGCCAGACAAUUAUGUCAAGGCCAUACCAUUCGAUUACUUGGCAUCUCAUUGGGAGAGAUCCAUAAGAAUGCAUGAAGGCAUCAGAGAGCGGCAGUGUAAAGGUACAAUGGACAAGCAAGUGAGAGAGGAUAAAGAUCUCUUCAGGUAG